AUGGACACUACGGGGAGUGCUGCAGCGGCUGCUCCGGCGCGUGAUGGCGCUGCCGAACUCGGCGACCUGUUGGUUCAUCUGGAAGGCGCCAGGGGCUGCUUCUCUGGUAGUCUGAUCGACUAUCGCAUGCCAUGCACGGCCUCCGAGGACACGAGGUGCCAGAUUGUUGCCAGUAUUCCCCUAUGGAACGAGUUUCUCUGCUGGCUUAAGUUGGAGCUGCGCGAGCUGACGGGAGUGGGGAGGCAAUUGGGACUCGUGCACGGGUUGGGUGAAGGAACUUUGCCUGCUUUUUUGGCUGUGUACGUGUGUUCGACGUCCACGCUCCAAAGGCUGGAUUUACAGCUCAGUGGGAUCGGCUUUCCGACCAAAUCGGAGGAUUGGUGGCUACCUUUUUCGGGGUCGUUAUUGCGCAACAGGAGUGUCACAAAUUUGGGCCUUGGCGUUGACGUGUACCCCCGCAAUGGCUUUAAAUAUCUCGGCGCAGCUGUAGCACGAAGCAAGACGAUCCGAGAGCUCCGUUCGCUGACGUGGAGUUCAUCCACACGUCUCAGUUUUCUUCGAGGCGUGCGCGCUGGUAUCUCGGAGAAUUACGCGCUGUGCAGCGUCGCCUUGUACCCGAAGUCUUCUUACGAGGACUGGGAAGGCGACUGGUCCUUCGUUUGCGACACGGCACGCCGGAACUCGGGCUAUGUGGCACGUACGGCUCAAUUCUUGCAACAGGCACGGUGUGACACGCCCUGCGCUGCCGCUUUGGACCGAGUGUACCGUCACCCAGCCCUCGUCGCAGAGCUGUCUAAAGUACUGGCCAUCUCCGAAGCCGACGCAGUGGUCGCUGUGCGACAACACUUCCGAAGCAUCGAAGGCAUGCACGAGUUCAUGCGACUGGCUGGUGUCGUCAAGGUGCACGUCACGUGUCUGCCACGUGACGACGGUCGUCCGCAGCUGAACGCCCUCGACGAGUACUGCUGGGCUCACGUCAGACGCUACUUGCAGCUCGACGACGUGGCGUGGUACUGCCAGUCGUCGACGGAUGUUAUGUAGCCGCGCUCGAAUGCCAACUGAGACCGCGGCGAGGAAGCCCCGUGCGGCUCUGCAUCAGCGCGAAGAGUUUACGCUAAUAAAGUCAAACAUUUCUCUGAAGAAAAGAUUAUUA